UUUGGAGAGUGGCUGAAAGGGCGCUCCGCCUGCUCCGCUCCGUAGAGGGUUACCGAACAGGUCUUUAGGAUCCGAUUCAUUAAUUAACAUAGAAGGGAUCAAGAGAGUUCUCCCGUUACAACACGCCCCCUGUUAUGACCAUUGCCCACGCAACCGGAGAAUCGUCGCUAUCAAACUUGCCCACAAUGACGGUGUGUGUGGAGGAAGGGAGUUAAUUGCAAAAGAGUGCCACAAUUCAGGCCGUAUUCACAAGUUGGUGUCAUCUUUUAAAUUUUUUGCAAAUACGUACCAAGAUACAUGCCGUAUUUUGCAGAUCGCGUAUUUAUACGUAUAGAUGCUCUUUCUGACAUACAAGGCCCACCUGUCAGCCUCUUAAAGAAAAAACCGCCCGGACCGCUGCGGCUGGGAGGAAAACCGGCUCUCUGCUUCCUCUCGUAUCGGAUCGGCUGCGGGGAAAACCGGCUCUAUCCAUCUCUCCUUCCUCUCGCAUCUGUUCCCAACCCUACUCCCUCUCCUCUAUCCCAGCCAUGGCGGCGGCGGCCCCUGGAAGCAUAGUUCGUGCUGGCGGCAACGGCUACGUUGAUGGCGACGACGACGGCGACUCUUAUUCGUCCGAUGACGAGAGCUCCUGCGAUUUCUCCGAGCCUGCUGUGUCCAAGGCGGGGAUGUUGAGGCUAGCACAGAUUUGGGUGGCGAAUCCAAGCACAAGCCAUCAUUGGACGUCUGGGAUCGGCGGCGUUGAGUAAGUUUUCUUCAUCAAUUUAUAGUAUUGAGGAUUGAAUGAAAUGGAGAUUUAGGAUUAGGUUCCCAGUCCAGUUUUUGAAUAUGCCCAAAAUCUCCUGCUGCUGUGUCCUGCUACUGUCUCCUGCUGCUCAGUUAAAAUUAUGUCCUGCUAUUAGAUUUAAUUAGUUACAGUUCUCUAGUUUGUGAAAUUUAGUGUUGCAUUGUCAUGUGAUGUGAAUUUAUCACUGACAAUUGACAUUUUUUCUGAAAUUGCAGUUUAUAUCCAGAAAUUUGGGAUGUUGCCAUUCAUUUUCAAGAUCUGGAUAGUUUAGAGUUGAAACUGUGCAGUGAUGAUGUUGUCCUUCCUAGUGUGGUAGCACUGAUGGAGACACAAGGCUAUGGAAGCACUGACUCAGUGUAUUUUGAUAAAGGCAUAUGAGUUGAUGGUUUGGAGAAAAUAGAUAGCAAUGCUAAGUUGCAACAACUAAAGAGGCAGCACAAGAAUGCCAAGUUGCUGAAUUUGUCUGUGUAUAGGGGGAGUGCACCUGUCUUUGAAGAUGUGCUUGUGACACAAGAGAGCCAAAUUUUGGUUGGAAGACAAGAGAUCAGAAAUGAGGAGAGAGAGCAGAAGGGCAAGCUGAAGCUUAAACAAGUAGUGGAAGAAGAUAGUACUGAUGCAUCUUCAUUUGAUUCAGAGGGUCCAAUAGAUAUUGAACAUGAUCCUUACUUCAUGGGGGGGUAUAGGCCAAACGCAAAUGAGGGAAGAGGGCUUACAUUAGAAGAAUUUGAACAGGAAGAAACAAAUGAUGAUGAAACAGACAGCAGUGGACUUGAUGAUGAAGUGCUACCAGAGGUCUUACAUCAUUAUGAUGGUGAAACAAAUGUGGAAGAUUUAUUUGAGCUGGAUGAGGAGGAUCAAGUUGUUCAAGAAGGAGAACACAUUACUGAACCUGUAGUGAAGAGAAGGAAACUGCCAUUGGGUAGAGGACCCACAAGCAGGUCACAUUCCAGUGCCAUACAAAUAUAUGAACCAAAUUUUAAACCCUCAUCAGAUGAAGAGGAGAAAGGUUUCCUUAAGGAAAGUGAUGAUGAUGGGUUUGAGCCAGCUAGUUUUGUACCACCUAAAGGAAGAAAGAGCAGGGCAAAGAAACUGCCACCUAGGAAAUGGUAUGAUGAAAAUAGGGAAGAGCCACAUAAUCAACUAUGUCUGAAAAUGUGUUUCAGAGAUCAACACCAAGUUAGGGAUGCUUUGUUGAGCUUGCACAUCAGUCAGAGUAGGUCUUUUCAGUAUCACAGGAAUUCAGAUAAAAGAAUAAUUGUGGAAUGCAUAACAAAGAAUAUAUGCAAAUUCUUUAUGGUGGCAGCAGUUAUAAAAGGAGAGAAAACAUUUGCAAUAAAGAAAAUGAGAUUGCAACACACUUGCCCUACUACUACAUAUAAGAGUAGGGUCACUGCAAAGUGGCUUGCAAAGACAUAUGAGCCAUUGUUUAGAUCUGAUCUCAAUACUAGCAUUCAGACAAUGAUUGACAACUGCCAAGAGAAGUAUGGUGUAGAAGUUCCAAAGGCAAUGGCAUAUAGGGCAAAAAAUCAAGUUAUUGAGAAUAUUCUAGGAGAGCACAAGAAGCAAUAUACCAGGAUUAGAGACUAUGCUCGGAUUGUGAUGGAUACAAACCCUGGUAGUAGGGUUAUAGUUACAACAGUAACUCCAACACCUACUGCAAAAAUUCCACAUCCUGGGCCAAGGUUUCAUGCAAUGUUCUUCUGCCUCAAUGGAGCAAGGGAGGGUUUUCUUCAGGGAUGCAGACCCUUCAUUGGUGUUGAUGGAUGUUUUGUAAAGCUAUGCACUGGUGCCCAAAUCCUUGCUGCCACUCGUAGAGAUGGGAAUAAUAAUAUAUAUCCCCUGGCAUUUGCUAUUGUUGGACAAGAGGAUACACAAAGUUGGUGUUGGUUUCUCCACCAACUGAAGAUCUGCCUAGGAGGAGAAACUGGACAGUUUGGUCCAUACACAAUCAUGUCAGAUAGACAGAAGGGGCUACUGAAUGCAGUGAAUCAAGUUUUUCCUAACUCCCACCAAAGAUUUUGCCUUAGACACUUGUAUGCAAAUUUCCAUAAUGUUGGGUUUAGGGGGGAAGAUCUUAAGAAGUACAUGGAUAAUGUCAGUUAUGCUUAUAAUGACCACAAGUUUGAACUUGCAAUGGAUCAUAUGAAAAAAGAGAGUGAAAAGGCUUGGAAGUGUCAACCCUGUUCCUGGUGAACAUAACUGGACAAAAAGUACAGGGCCAGACAUAGACCCCCCUGAAUUUAAAAUUAAGAAAGGCAGAAAGAAAGAGAAGAGGGCAAAGGGAAGAUUUGAAGUGCCCAAGCCUAAGGAUACAUCAAGAUUGGGUACAAUAACAUGUAGCAAUUGUGGACUCCAAGGUCACAGAUACACAAGCUGCAACAAAAACUUGAAACCAGAAUUGCUUUUGAGGAAAAACAAACAUGUGGCACCUGCAAGAAAUGCACAUGCACCUGCAACAACUGCUCCUGCUCCUGCUGAAAGAGGUACUGGUGCUACUGCUGGAAGAGGUGCUGCUGCUGGUAGAGGUGCUGGAAGAGGAGCUGGUGCUACUGCUGGUAGAGGUGCUGGUGCUGGUGCUGGUAGAGGUGCUGGUGCUGGUAUAGGUGCUGGAAGAGGAGGUUUCUCAGCCCCAAGAUGGGCUGCUAGUGCUUCUACUUCUGGCAAUACUGGAUGGGCUAGUUACUUCAAUGCUAGUGGUAAUAGAUGAGCUAGGUGACAGUAAGGCUGGGUGACAGUAAUGCUAGUGGAUGUUUUGUAAUGCUAGUGGUCUGUUUGAGAACUAUUGUGGUGUUUUAGAACUAUUGUGGUGUUUGAGAACUUUUGUGGUGUUUGGUAAUAUAUGAGCUAGGUGACAGUUAUGCUGAAA